AUGGCAGACAGCAUGAUUGAGGAGUCUGACUACUACCCUGGGAAGGAUGAUCUGGACUGGGGAUAUCAGGAAGGUGUAGAGUGGGGUUUGCUGUUCCCUGAUGCGAAUGGGGAGUACCAGUCCCCGAUCAACCUGAACUCCCGGGAGGCCCGUUAUGACCCUUCUCUCCUGGACGUGGGGCUCACGCCCAAUUAUGUGGUGUGUCGGGACUGUGAGGUCAUCAACGAUGGACACACCGCACGCAUCAUUCUGAGGUCCAAAUCAGUGGUAACUGGUGGCCCAUUGCCAAGUGACCACGAGUAUGAGCUGCAUGAGGUGCGCUUCCACUGGGGCAAGGAGAACCAGCGGGGGUCAGAACACACCGUCAACUUUAAGGCCUUCCCCAUGGAGCUCCAUCUGAUCCACUGGAACACAACGCUGUUCAACAGUGUGGAAGAAGCCCUGGCGAAGAAGAACGGAGUUCUCAUCAUCGCUCUGUUUGUGCAGAUAGGGAAGGAGCAUCUUGGGUUAAAGGCCAUAACAGAAGUGCUGCAGGACCUACAAUACAAGGGGAAGACCAAAAUAAUACCGUGCUUCAACCCCAACACACUACUUCCUGACCCUCUCCUGAGAGACUACUGGAUGUAUGAGGGCUCCCUGACCACACCUCCAUGUAGUGAGAACGUCACCUGGAUCCUGUACCGCUACCCACUCACUAUCUCACAGUUGCAGAUAGAGGAGUUCAGAAGGCUGAGGUCCCAUCUAAAAGGUGCUGAGCUUCCUGAGGGAAACGAUGGGAUGUUGGGAGACAACUUCCGCCCCACUCAGCCCCUUAGUGACAGGACGGUCCGGGCUGCCUUCCAGUGA